AAAAAAAAGAAUGGGAAGAGGAAAAAAGGUAUUAGGGAGGCCAAUGAAUGAGAAAAUAAAGCUGUUUAUGUUGAUGAGUGUUACCAAUGGCGUCCCAGGUACUGUUUCACUUUUUAUUGUUCCUCCUCCCUAUAAACUCCUUGCAGACUGGACAAUGUCUUAUUGAUCUUUGUUUUCCCAGCACCAGCAGGAUGCCUGACAAACAAUCUGUGUUCAGGAAAUAUUUGUUGACCUGAAUUAAACCACACUAAACUACUAAUGAACACCCUAAAUUUAAAAUUUCAUAGCUAGCCUCUUGGCAUAAAUAUAUUUAUGGCCAGAGGACUUUUACAGACAAGCUUUUAAAUUGAAUGAGGUGCUUGUGAAAGAUACAGAUUCCUGGGUUUCACUCCAGAAAUUCUGAUACAAACGGUCUCUCAGUGGAGCUGAGUGGGUGGGGCCUGGGAAUCUGCACUUUCAACAAAUGCCUCAGAUGUUUCUGAUACAGUUUGGGAACGAAAGGCAGCUUGUAAACGAGCACACAAGAUGUAUUAAACCCUGGAAUUGCCCUGCUAUUUUAGACUCUGCUUUGAAGCUUGAUCUGUAAAGAAUACAUGACCAUUUUAACAUAUAAAUUUAUCAAAGAGAUUAAACUAAAAGAUGGUAACCACAGCCCGACAACACUCUUGAGUUCCAAAUAUCUGGUCUUCUGGUGAGUCUGCACAUUCCUGAGAGCUUUCAGUCUCUAGGGCUGUGACAGACCUAACAGAGGAGAUGUAUGGAGAAAAAUCAAUAAAGAGGUGCUAAUUGCCUUAGGAGGGUUUCUGAACCUGUUAACUGCUCACAGAUAACAGAUUAACGUUUUGAAGGAGCUGCGUCAAGGAGAUUAAGUGUGUUAACAGAAAAACAACAAAAUGUUAAUACAUACAUGAAAUAUUCCAAGUUUUCUAACAAAGAAAAAAAAUCACAGAUUAACAUUCUGAAGGAGCUGUGUCAAGGAGAUUGUGUUAAUAGAAAAAUAACAAAAUGUUAAUACAUAUAUGAGGUGUUCCAGGUUUUCUAACAAAGAAAAAAUCACAUUGAGAAAUGAGGGGGGAAAGUCUGUGAACAGUGCCUGCAAAUCUAAGCUCACUGGGCAGAAAUUCAGACUGGACUAAAAGGAUGGUGCCCCAAAAUUGAAGUCAGUUAUCAGGGAUGAAUGGCCAGCCUCGUUAUUUACAACACACGUAGUAAGAGGGCAUCAUCUCUGCCAGCAUCUUGGGAUUCACUCUAGUCACUAACCAUAGCCUUAAUCGACUUCCAAGGCAGAGGAACCCACUGAAAAUAACCAAAAUCACAAAGCUUUUGAUUGUAUUUUGUGGAUUUCCUUUGUUCAGCAUAGCGUCUGAGGAAGGGGGAUUUAUUCGCUGUCAUUCUCACCUAUAGGUAAAUAAACCGAGGCUCAGAGGGAUCACCUAGCACCCAGUAACUCCCAGGUAGUAAAAGGCAUGUUACUAGAUUAAAUCUUCUGUGUCCUCCCCCCACCACACUGACUCAACAAGAACAAUAAAAUAUGUCUGUGGUUAUGAUGAACAUCCUAUUUGACCCUCCCUGUACUCUCUGAUCCAGGUAAGGUUGGAAUCACCUCCUUUCUACACUGGAGGUAACUGGGGCCAAAAGGUAUUGUGACAAGUCUAUAGGGCUGUAAAAGGCAGUGUGUGGAGGUGGAGCCCAGAUCUGACUGCACAAGUCAGAAGCUCAGAUAAGGCUUUGGUAACCUGUGAGUCCAGGAUGAAAGCUCGAUCUGGAUCUGCCGGGGAGUGCUUACAGUCCCAGAAAUCCUGGAUUGAAGGAGUUUUCAGCAAGAGGGAAUGUAACAAAAUCAUACCCAGCUCGAAAGACCCUCACAGGUGUACUACAGGAUGCCAGGUGUGUCAGAAUUUAAUCAGGUGUUACUGUGGACGAUUAAUUAGAGACCAUCCUGGGAUAGAUUAUGCCUGGACCAUCUCAGCCACUGACGGUACUGAAAAUGAACAAUGGUCUGUUGAAAAGCACACAACAAAAAGCCCUACAGAUACCUUUGGCACAAUUAACUUCCAAGAUGGAGAGCACACCCACCACUCCAAGUAUAUUAGAACAUCUUAUGACACGAAGUUGGAUCAUCUGUUACAUUUAAUGUUGAAAGAGUGGAAGAUGGAACUGCCAAAGCUGGUGAUCUCUGUCCAUGGGGGCAUCCAAAACUUUAAGAUGCCCUCCAAACUUAAAGAGAUCUUCAGCCAAGGUUUGGUCAAAGCUGCAGAGACAACAGGAGCAUGGAUAAUAACCGAAGGCAUUAAUACUGGUGUGUCCAAACAUGUUGGAGAUGCCCUGAAAGCCCAUUCCUCCCAGUCCUUGAGAAAGAUCUGGACAGUUGGAAUCCCUCCUUGGGGUGUCAUUGAGAACCGGAAAGAUCUUACGGGAAGAGAUGUGGUGUGCCUGUACCAGACUCUGGGCAACCCCCUCAGCAAACUAACCACACUCAACUGCAUGCACUCCCACUUCAUCCUUUCUGAUGAUGGCACCGUGGGCAAGUAUGGAAAUGAGAUGAAGCUCAGGCGCAACCUGGAAAAGUACCUCUCUCUGCAGAAAAUACACAGCCGCUCAAGACAAGGCGUGCCCGUGGUGGGACUGGUGGUGGAAGGUGGUCCCAACGUCAUCCUUUCGGUGUGGGAGACUGUGAAAGACAAAGACCCAGUGGUGGUGUGUGAGGGCACAGGCCGGGCCGCUGACCUCCUGGCCUUUACCCACAAGCACUUAGCAGACGAGGGGACCCUGCGCCCUCAGGUGAAGGAGGAGAUCAUCUGCAUGAUUCAGAACACUUUCAACUUUAGUCUUAAACAGUCUAAGCACCUUUUCCAAAUUCUAAUGGAGUGUAUGGUGCACAGGGAUUCUAUUAUCAUAUUUGAUGCUGAUUCUGAGGAGUCACAGGACCUUGAUUUAGCAAUCCUAACAGCUCUGCUAAAGCGCACAAAUUUAUCAGCAUCAGAACAAUUAAAUCUGGCAAUGGCUUGGGACAGGAUGGACAUUGCCAAGAAACAUAUCCUAAUUCAUGGACAACAUUGGAAGCCUGGCUCACUGGAACAAGCAAUGUUAGAUGCUUUAGUGAUGGAUCGGGUGGAUUUUGUGAAGCUCUUAAUAGAAUAUGGAGUGAACCUCCAUCGCUUUCUUACCAUCUCUCGACUGGAAGAGCUCUAUAAUACAAAACAAGGACCAACUAAUAUGCUCUUGCAUCAUCUUGUCCGAGAUGUAAAACAGCAUACCCUUCUCCCAGUCUACAGAAUAACAUUGAUUGACAUUGGACUGGUAAUAGAAUACCUCAUUGGUGGAGCAUAUCGCAGUAGCUACACUAGAAAAAAAUUCAGAGCCCUGUACAACAACCUCUACAGAAAACAUAAGCAAGUGACCACUUUUGCUCAAAGCCUUUCCCAGCCGCCUCUUCACCGGAGACACCGCUCAGGAAAUAGAAAUGAAUCUACAGAAAGCACACUGCAUUCCCAGUUCAUUAGAACUGCCCAGCCUUACAAAGUCAAGGAAAAGUCUGUAGCCCUUCAUAAGUCAAAGAAGAAGUCAAAAGAAGAACAAAAUGUAUCGGAUGACUCUGAGUCUACUGGCUUUAUUUAUCCUUACAAUGACCUGCUGGUGUGGGCUGUGCUCAUGAAAAGGCAGAAGAUGGCCAUGUUCUUCUGGCAGCAUGGAGAGGAGGCCACGGUCAAGGCAGUGAUUGCUUGUAUACUCUACCGAGCAAUGGCCCGCGAAGCCAAGGAGAGCAACAUGGUGGAUGAUGCCUCAGAAGAGCUGAAAAAUUACUCAAAACAGUUUGGCCAGCUUGCCCUGGACGUGUUGGAGAAGGCAUUCAAACAGAAUGAAAGAAUGGCCAUGAAGCUGUUGACCUAUGAACUCAAGAACUGGAGCAAUGCUACCUGUUUGAAACUGGCUGUUUCUGGAGGAUUGAGGCCCUUUGUUUCACAUACUUGUACCCAAAUGCUACUGACAGAUAUGUGGAUGGGGCGACUGAAAAUGAGGAAAAAUUCUUGGUUAAAGAUCAUCAUCAGUAUUCUCUUACCACCCACCAUUUUGACAUUGGAAUUCAAAAGCAAAGCAGAGAUGUCGCAUGUUCCCCAGGCCCAGGACUUCCAAUUUACGUGGCAUAACGGUGACCAGAACACCAGCACUACCAAAGAAAGCGCUUGUCCGAAAGACUGUGAUUUAGAAAGGGGUCCUGAUGAGAAACCAGAUGAAAAUCGGCACUUUGACUCAAAGAGUGGGCCCCAAAGCCUGCCCUGGACCAGGAGAGUCUACGAGUUCUACAAUGCUCCAAUUGUCAAGUUUUGGUUUUAUACGAUGGUGUAUUUGGCCUUCCUCAUGCUGUUUACUUACACUGUGCUGGUUGAGAUGCAGCCCCAGCCCAGCGUGCAAGAGUGGCUUGUUAUCAUUUACAUCUUCACAAACGCCAUAGAGAAAGUCAGGGAGGUCUGUAUUUCAGAACCUGAGAAGUUUACUCAAAAGGUGAAGGUAUGGAUUAGUGAGUACUGGAACCUAAUGGAAACUGUGGCUAUUGGCCUGUUUUCAGUGGGUUUUGGCCUUAGGUGGGGCGACCCUCCUUUCUACACAGCCGGAAGACUAAUAUACUCCCUCGACAUCAUAUUCUGGUUCUCACGGCUCCUGGAUUUCUUUGCUGUGAAUCAACAUGCAGGUCCCUAUGUGACCAUGAUUGCAAAAAUGGCAGCAAACAUGUUCUACAUUGUGAUCAUCAUGGCCAUAGUCCUGCUGAGCUUUGGAGUUGCACGCAAGGCCAUCCUUUCGCCCAGGGAGCCUCCUUCUUGGAGCCUUGCUCGAGAUAUUGUAUUUGAGCCCUACUGGAUGAUUUAUGGAGAGGUCUAUGCUUCAGAUAUCGAUGUUUGCUCAAGCAAGCCCUCCUGCCCUCCUGGUUCUUUUCUUACUCCAUUCCUGCAAGCCGUCUACCUCUUCGUGCAAUAUAUCAUCAUGGUGAACCUGCUGAUUGCUUUCUUCAAUAAUGUUUACAUAGAAAUGAAGUCCAUUUCGAAUAAUCUGUGGAAAUAUAAUCGCUAUCGCUACAUCAUGACCUACCACGAGAAGCCGUGGCUGCCCCCACCUUUUAUCCUGCUGAGUCACAUUGGUCUCCUGCUUCGGCGUCUUUGCCAUCACCAAGCUCCAAAUGACCAAGAAGAGGGUGAUGUUGGAUUAAAACUCUACCUGAGUAAGGAGGAUCUGAAAAAACUUCAUGAUUUUGAAGAACAGUGUGUGGAAAAAUACUUCCAUGAGAAGAUGGAAGGUCUGAAUUGUAGCUGUGAGGAACGUAUCCGAGUGACAUCAGAAAGGGUUACAGAGAUGUACUUCCAACUGAAAGAAAUGAAUGAAAAGGUAUCUUUCAUAAAGGACUCCUUACUGUCUUUGGAUAGCCAGGUUGGACACCUGCAGGACCUUUCUGCCCUGACAGUGGAUACCUUAAAAGUCCUUUCUGCUGUUGACACCUUACAAGAGGAUAAGGCUCUCCUGGCCAAGAGACAACACUCGCCCUGCAGGAAACUUCCCCACAGCUGGAGCAAUGUCAUCUGUGCUGAAGUUCUGGGCAGCAUAGAGGUCUCUGGGAAGAAGAAAUAUCAGUGUUAUAGCAUGCCCCCUUCUUUGCUGCGCAGCCUGGCCAGAGGCUGGCAUCCCACACACAUGCAGAAAGGACCCUUUCUUGAGAUUACAGAAAGAGAGACUUCAAAUGUAAGAGAUUACCAGGAAAAGCAAGAAGCAGAAACUAGCAUAGCUGCUUCUGGGGUGUCCCUGAAUAGGCAAGCACCCCCAAAGUAUGGCCAAUUUCUCCUGGUCCCUUCUUUUCUAGAGCAAAUUCCUUAUUCUGCAGACACCAACUUGCCUGCGUCCAGACCAUCUGUGGAAGCACAUCCAGAUGUGCUGGUGACUGAACAUGUCACCGAGAGUGAGGUCCCUGUUCACCUGACAUGGCAGACCCCGAGUGUCUCGGCCCAGGGCUCAGUGUUGGAAACCAAGGAGCGGUAUGAGUCACCUACUCAGGUACCGGCCAGACAUGACAAGGGAGAGCAAAUGGUCUCCACUUUGACUUGCACACCUGCACCCAAGAGAGUGACUUCCCUCCCUUCACAAGUCAAGAACGUGCAAACUGGAGGUGGAUAUGUGAACUGGGCAUUUUCAGAGGGCGAUGAGACUGGCGUGUUUAGCGUCAAGAAACAAUGGCAAACCAGCUUGGCCUCCACUUGUAACAGUGACUCCAAUCGGAAUGAGCAAUGCCAGAGACAGAUGCGGGGCAGAUCGCUAUCUGAUAACUCAACAAGACUGGCCCAGAGGGAUUGCUCAGAGACUGGACCAUGGCCUCAGCUGAACACAUCCUUACAGAUCAGUCCUCCUCGUAGGAAGAAACCCUUCAUUAGGAGUCAGAGUUUGAGAUUGCACAGGGAGGAGAAAUCGAAGAUCUGUAAGAUUAAAAAUCUUUCACAGUUCUCAGAGAUAGGUCGGUCAAAAUGGAUCAAAGCUAAGAUGCUAACCAAGGACAAGAAAUUGUCACUGAAAAAGAAGAAAACACAAGGACUACAGGUGCCAGUCAUAACAGUCAACACCUGCCCUCAAAGUGAUCAGUUAAACUCAGAGCCAGAAGAAAAUAAGAUCUCAGGAGAACAGAAGUGUUGGAAGGACUGGAUCCCGGUGUCCAGAUUGAGUCAGAUAAGUCUAGAACCUUACAUAUAUCAGAAAUUGAAAACUCAAGACACUGAACGGCAUUCUGUGCAAGUCAGUGAUUAUUUAAGGCAGUCUCGAGAGGAUCUAAGCAAAAACUCUUUGUGGAAUUCCAGGAGCACCAACUUAAAUUUUUCAAACAGGUUGAGAAGUUCAAAUGAAGUUGACAAAAUCUCUGCCUCCUUAAAAAGCCCUCAAGAGCCUCACCAUCAUUAUUCAGCCAUUGAAAGGAAUAAUUUAAUGAGGCUUUCUCAGACCAUACCAUUUACACCAAUCCAACUGUUUGCAGGAGAAGAAGUAACUGUCUACAGGCUGGAGGAGAGUUCCCCUUUGAACUUGGAUAAAAGCAUGUCUUCUUGGUCCCAGAGAGGGAGAUCUGCAAUGAUCCAAGUGUUGUCCCAAGAGGAGAUGGAUGGUGGCCUUCGCAAAGCCAUGAGAGUCAUUAGCACCUGGUCUGAGGGUGAUGUCCUCAAGCCGGGGCACGUUUUCAUUGUGAAGUCCUUUCUGCCUGAGGUUGUGCAGACAUGGCACAAAAUCUUCCAGGAGAGCACUGUGCUUCAUCUUUGCCUCAGGGAAAUUCAACAACAAAGAGCUGCUCAAAAACUGAUCUAUACCUUCAACCAAGUGAAACCACAAACCAUUCCCUACACUCCAAGGUUCCUGGAAGUUUUCUUAAUCUACUGUCAUUCAGCCAACCAGUGGUUGACUAUUGAGAAGUAUAUGACUGGGGAGUUCCGGAAGUACAACAACAACAACGGUGAUGAAAUUGCCCCCAGCAACACCUUGGAGGAGCUGAUGUUGGCUUUCUCUCACUGGACCUAUGAGUACACUCGGGGAGAGCUGCUGGUUUUAGAUUUACAAGGUGUUGGAGAAAAUUUGACAGAUCCAUCUGUUAUAAAACCUGAAGACAAACAAUCAAGAGGAAUGGUGUUUGGACCAGCCAAUUUAGGGGAAGAUGCAAUUAGAAACUUCAUUGCAAAACAUCGUUGCAACUCCUGCUGCCGGAAGCUCAAACUCCCGGAUUUAAAAAGAAAUGACUAUUGCCCUGGAAGGAUAAAUUCUGCCUUUGGACUGGAAAUCAACAUAGAACCAGCUGAGGAGACUGAGGAGACUCCAGGAGGGGAAGAGGGUAGUAAUCCUCCAGAAGACCUCACACGGUUGUAAAAAAAAAAAAAAAAAAAAAGGAAAAAGAAAAGGGAGAAGUAAGAUGAUGACUGCCCUUGCCCUCCCUUCCAUGAACUCUGUUGUAACACAGAUGUAACGUUGAUUAUGUCAGAGUCUCUGCCAGUAUGGCCUCACCUGGAGGCCUCCUGGGAUGUGCCUGCUGAGCCUCAUGUCUCUCUUGCCUAGGGUCAAUGUUCUCCUAGACAUUGACCUGUGUGCAGGGUGCUUUGCAUGUGUUCAUCAGCCUCAAGGUGCACAGGAAGAUGCUUGGAAGAAUCAGCCAGGAGUGCUCUUCCUUCAUACCUCACUGUGUUAGCUGGUCAUUUAGAGAACCCUUGCAGCAGAGACACCAAAGAGCCAGGCAGAUACAUUUAAUUUAUUUUUCUCACUGCGUGUGCAGACUUUAACCUCCACUGCUAAUCAUCACCUCACCCACAGAUUGUGUAUAUAUAUAAACGCAAACAAAGUUUCCUGACUUCCUCCUCUCUCUUUCCAGCCACAUAGGGCUUUGAAUAGAGACGGAAAGGAGAACAGUGGUGUGAGGGUGUAUUUGCACUGACUGGAGCACGCUCCAGCACAAACUAACCAGUAAAAAGUUAGCAUCCUGGUGAAAUUUAGAUGGUUGGAGGUAUUGUCAGUGAAUUAUAUGAUACCUGGGCCUGAAAGAGAGGAAAAGGGAAAUUUAACAAAACAAAUGCCCUUUCAUCCUUUUUCUUUUCUUUUCUUUUCUUUUUUUUAAAGGGAACACGGAUAUACGAAAGGAGAAAUUAUUUGGAAACGUUUUCCCUUUCUUUAAGCUCAGGGAUGCUAUUGGUUAGAGAUUGAUGAAGUUAACUUCUAAAACAUUACUCCCUUUUUCAAAGCUGUGUAUCUAAUAUUAUAAGUUAAAUUACUUUAUAUCAGGGCCUAUUUGGAAAGAUGGGGUUUCUGAAUGAGAACAUGCUUCAAAGGCAUGCUUCACUGCAUUACAGAGUUCUGGUGGCUGAAAGAGUACUGGAGUGUAUGUUUUAAGUACAGCCUUGAGAACCUGUGAUCAGUUUCCAAGGCUUGAAGAAAGGUGCCUGGAAGCCACACUGUACAGCACGUAUGUAGAGGGGAGGUCAGUCAUCCUUGUUUGGCACUUAUCAGAGUCACUCUCCCUCAGAAGGUGCACAGGCUUUUCACACAAGGAGGACUGGAGGGCUGGGAAAUCUCCCCCCUCCCUGCUGCAUCCCCUUCCCUCAUUGUAAAGUGUCCUAAUCUACCAGCAGCAAACCUCCUUGGUUUGAAAAUUUCAGGUUAUCCAUAGCCUUACAUUAGCUGGCUUGAUUUUUACGUCAACACUCCUGCAUUCUUAGCUGGUAUUUGGAGGAAAUACUGCCCAGGGUUAGGGGGAUGGAAAAACAAGGUCUUGAUUUGCUAAGGAUAAUGUCUGGUUCUUGUGAGCUGUACAAGGGCUAAUUUAUAGCCCUUUGACUUUGGUCUUGGGGGUGGUAGGAGGUGGGACAUUUGGGUGAUUUCUUGGUUGGCAAUGAGGAUAAACUGUUAAUGCUUUUUUCAGAGCUUAACUGCUUUGUCCUAUUGGACAAAUUGCUAAGAGAUCUAUUGGUACUUACUUGACAGCCAUGUUCAACUAUGGAAGGAGAGAAUUUGCCUGAACAAGGCCAAACUAAAGGCAUCAAUUCAUUGGUCAAAUAUUUGAUACCUGGAAUGGAACUUGAAAAAAUACAUUUUGAUUUUAA